AUGGCGGUGCUUGUAGAGAAGGGCCUGCAGGAAACCUACGGAGUUAAACCUGCCUUUGAGGACGACGUUGCAAGAAAGGUUAUUCAUCGUUUGAUAGAGGUGUGUGCUGGCUUAGAUGAUGGCCAUCUCGUGACACCGGUGGCCAGCUCAGGACUUUACCAGAUUGAGAAGUCAAACAUCGAUGACGUGUCUUCCGAGGAAUUACUCAAGAAACAGGUCAGUAGUGUUAGUUUGAAGCUCUACGACCGGUUUAUGCUAGGGAACAAUCAGGUGUCUGAUUGGUUCCAGUUGGGAGAGCAUCCCCCUUCCGAAGGAGGACAACCUGCGUAUGUGCCAAAGUUGAUUGCACCAACUCUCCAGCAAACUGAUACACAGGUUGAUGCCUCUGCUGGCGUUUCGCCAGUGGAACAAGCAUCCAAGGUUGUUGAGCAGACAGAGAGUUCUCAGCCAGAAGAGGGCGGAUCAAGCAGCGCAGUUGAGGGGUCAAAGUUGUAUAAGAAGGAUGGAAAACUCUCCGAGAAGGGCCAGUCUACUGUCUCAAGCGUCGCGACACCAGUCUCCUCGCCAGCGGCGUCUAGCGCGGCACCAGUCGCUGAUCAUGGCGAUUCCGAUGGCAAGAAGAAAUUUCCACAGCCGGCAAAGCACUACCCACCUGCGGUCCCUCGGAUGGAGGACCUGCGGCGAGUCUGGGCAACAAGUAAGGUCAAGGCCCAAGCUAAGCCAGCCGAGCAGGCCGAAUUCAACGCAGAUGAACGCAACGAAGAGACUUCUGGAAGUACCGAAGCUCAGGAGCAGCAGCCUCUGGAGCCACCAAAGUCAUCAUGGAGCCAGGUCGCGGCACGAGUGGCCUUCCAGCCCUUAACCUCAGCCGUUCCCACGGCAGAGCAAAAGAAGCUAGCUGUCGAGGCAGCAGAAGCCGCAUUGAAAUUGAAGCAGGCAGAGAAGGGGGAACCUGCGCCUAUCCCAACCGAGGACGAACCCAAAUCUUCCGCCGACGCAGAGCCGUCUAACGAGAAAGACGCCCCUAAGCCGUCUUACGCAGCUGCCCUGAAGCAGGCCGCUCCAGAGACCCCAGCCCAAGCCCCAGCCGCCCCAGCUCCGCCAGAGCGAUCUCGGCAACCGCGGAAAGCCUCGCGAAAGCACCGGAGCCAUGCUCCUCGGGCCAAUGCCCGCCAACCCCCCACGCGCAAGCCCAAAUCAGCCCGCGCCGGCCACGAAAACAAACCGGGAAUCCCCGCCUCCCCCGGACGCAGAGCGCACAUCGCAGAGCCGUGCCGGUACUUCCGGAACGGCACAUGCCGGCGCGGAGCCGAUUGCUGGUUCUCGCACGAGCUUGUCGACGCCGACGGCGCAGCAGCAGCAGCUACCGCUACCACUGCUCCCGCUCCAGCACAGAACCAGCACCAGCCAAGCAGCGCGCACAGCGCCAUGCCAGAUGCCCCCCCAGCACCAGCAGCAGCCAACGAUUCCUCGCGCGCCGUUCCCGCACCCACGCCCACAUCGACACCGAAGCCGAGCGGCGAAGAGGAGAAGGCCAUCGCCGCACAGCCGGACGACGCGACGCGACGCGCAGACAACGGCGGCGGCAGCAGCUCGACAGCGAGCAAAGGCAUGACGAUCCGGGGCACGCAGACGGACGGCGGCGCCUUGGACCGCAACAAAAACAACAACAACAACGAGGAGGAGAAGAAGACGGACCGCCGCUGGGCCGAUUACACCACUGACGAUGAUAGCGGGGAUAAGUUCCUCGCUGCGGCCAUCGCCACGCUCGGUGGUGCGACAGAGAAGCAGAGCGGAUCUGGCACGGGACCCGGCGCUGAGGCCGGUGUUGUGGGAGACGAAGAAGCUGGUGGUGGUUCCGUCGGUGACGGUGCAGCGGGACCCUCGUCUGGUCCUGCGUCUUCGGCAGCGGCAGCGGCACCGACAGGGCAGAAGAAAUCGCUAUCGUGGGCCAAGGUUGUGGGCUGCGAGCACAAAGACCAGUAG